AUGAUGUCCGUUGUAGUUAAUCUACAACAUUUCAAGUGGAUUGUGCCAGGUUUUGUCAUUGUUGGUACAGCACCAUGUUACCUUGCUGUUUGGGGAGCCUGGAAAUUAUUCAGCGCUGCCCUGCCCCACAGAAUUUACCAACAAGGAGAUGAUACUCUUUGGGCCAUUUAUCAAAGACUUGUCCUUUUUUUCUUUGAGACUUACUCAGGCACAGAGGUUCAUCUUUAUGGAGAUGUGGACAACCUAUUCAAGAAAAAAGAAAAUGUAAUUUACAUUUCCAAUCACCAAAGUACAGUUGAUUGGAUUGUAAUCAAUAUGUUAGCAGUUCGCCAGGGCAUGGUCGGUCACAUUAGAUAUGUCCUCAAAGACAGUUUAAAGUACCUACCCAUGUAUGGAUUCUAUUUCCGACAGCAUGGCUGUAUUUAUGUUAAAAGAGAUGGAAAAUUCUCCAAAAAUCAGCAUACAGUGGAACGACAAUUAAAACGAUUUAAGAAUGAAAAUACACCGGUGUGGAUGGUAGUCUUUCCAGAAGGAACUCGUUUCAAUCCCAACAGACCAGAAAUUAUUCAGAAAAGUAAACAAUUUGCAAAAGAACGAGGUCUCCAUGAUUAUGAAUAUGUACUUGCACCACGAAUGAGAGGCUUUAAAAUUAGUCUUGAACAUUUGUGGGAUCAUAUAGAUGCAGUUUAUGAUGUGACCAUCGCCUACAGCCACACAGUUGACCCUGAUACGGGGAAAAGAUUGAAAUCUCCUGGAAUGCCAGGUUUUUUAUCCACCACAAAUCCUGAGUUGCAUAUUUAUAUUAAAAGGAUUGAAGUCCAUGAGGUGCCAAGAACGGAAGAUUCUUUGAAAGUUUGGAUGAAUGAAAGAUUUAAAGAGAAAGACCUUCACAACUCUUCUUUUCUUUUUUUCUUCUUUUCUUUUUUUCUUCUUUUCUUUUUUUCUUCUUUUCUUUUUUUCUUCUUUUCUUAUUUUCCUUUUUUUCUUAUUUUCCUUUUUUUCUUAUUUUCCUUUUUUCUUUUUCCUUUUUUCUUAUUUUCCUUUUUUUUCUUAUUUUCCUUUUUUUUCUUAUUUUCCUUUUUCUUAUUUUCCUUUUUUUCUUAUUUUCCUUUUUUUCUUAUUUUCCUUUUUUUCUUAUUUUCCUUUUUUUCUUAUUUUCCUUUUUUUCUUAUUUUCCUUUUUUUCUUAUUUUCCUUUUUUUCUUAUUUUCCUUUUUUUCUUUUUCCUUUUUCUUUCUUUUUCCUUUCUUUUUUGUUUCUUUUUUCUUUUUUUUUUUUCUUUUUUUUUUUUUUUUCUUUUUUUUCUUUCUUUUUUUUCUUUCUUUUUUUUCUUUUUUUUUUUUUUUUUCUUUUUUUUUUCUUUCUUUUUUUCUUUCUUUUUUUUCUUUUUUUUUCUUUUUUCUUUUUUUUCUCUUUUUUUUUCUCUUUUUCUCUCUCUUUUUUUUCUCUUUUUUUUUUCUUUUUUUCUCUCUUUUUUCUCUUUUUUUCUUUCUUUUUUUCUUUUUUUUUCUCUCUUUUUUUCUCUUUUUUUUUUUCUCUUUUUUUUUUUUCUUUCUUUUUUCUUCUUUCUUUUUUUUCUCUCUUUCUUUUUUUUUCUUUCUUUUUUUUUUCUUUCUUUUUUCUCUUCUUUUUUUUUCUCUCUCUUUCUUUUUUCUCUCUCUUUCUUUUUUUUCUUUCUUUUUUCUUUCUUUCUUUUUUUUUCUCUUUCUUUUUUCUUCUCUUUUUUUUUUUUUCUUUCUUUUUUUUCUCUUUCUUUUUUUCUUCUCUUUUUUUUUUCUCUCUCUUUUUUUUUCUUUUUUUUUUUUUUCUCUUUUUUCUUUUUUCUUUCUUUCUUUUUUUUCUUUCUUUUUCUCUUUUCUUUUUUUUUUCUCUUUCUUUUUUUUUCUCUUUCUUUUUUUUUCUCUUUCUUUUUUUUUUCUCUUUCUUUUUUUUUCUCUUUCUUUUUUUUUUCUCUUUCUUUUUUUUUCUCUUUCUUUUUUUUUUUCUCUUUCUUUCUUUUUUUCUCUUUCUUUCUUUUUUUCUCUUUCUUUCUUUUUUUCUCUUUCUUUCUUUUUUUCUCUUUCUUUCUUUUUUUCUCUUUCUUUAA